CUUACUUAGUAUACGCUGUGCUUCAUAUACAAGUGCUGUUCGAAUAUCAGAGAAAAUGAAGAUGUUGUUUGUAUUUGCUGCUUUAACUGUGAUAGCAGUAUGUCAACCAGUCCUUUGUUUCGACUCAGUAUUCUUUAUGAAUACUCCCUACCUUUUCGGUAUAAGGGCUGAUUCGGCUGUCGGAUCUAGUAUUGGUAGUGUUCUAGCUCAUAGCAUGUCUGGGAAAGCUGUGAAGUAUUCCAUCGUGAGUGGUGACUCAGCAUACUUCAACUUGAAUCCUACAACCGGCGAAAUCACUGUUGCUCAAUCCUUACCAAAAGACGUGACGAAACUCCAGUUUGACGUUCAGGCUGCUUCGACAGAUGCCUAUGACAAAACUUACGUAGAUAUCUAUUGUCAUCAGAUGUAACGAAUGAAAUAAAUGAAUAAAUGCUUGGAUUAAAAUGUA